CCAGGCGUGUCUUCGUGAUGGGUGUGGCUCCUUUUUCACAGUGAAGUUUUGCUUUCAGCCACUGACAGCGGGUAAACUGAUGAGUACAUGCUUGAAUGAGUCGCAGCUGAAAAAAAAAAAAAAAUUCUGAACAAGAGCUAUCAGUGACUCCCAGAGUGGCAUGGACGUAUAGUGGAAGAUACUGAUAUCUGUGGAAGGGUUGAAGGUGUUUUCUGUCAGGACAACUCUCUUGGAUCAAGAACAAUGGGCCUCGUGCAGCUGUUGAAAUCCCAGUUUUUGAGCCAGCUGAUCAUCUGCUAUGUGUUCCUGGUCAGCGGCCUCAUUGUCAACCUGUUGCAGCUCUGUACUUUACCUCUGUGGCUGGUCAGCAAGCAGCUGGCCCGCAGGAUCAACAUCAGGCUGGGCUACUGCAUCAGUAGCCAGAUGGUAGCUGCCCUGGAGUGGUGGUCUGGGACAGAAUGCACGCUCUACACAGACCCAAAGAGUUACCCCCUGUAUGGAAAUGAGAAUGCAAUUGUGGUUCUCAACCACAGUUUUGAGAUAGACUUCCUGUGUGGUUGGACCUUCUGUGAGCGAUUUGGUGUUCUUGGGAGCUCAAAGGUGUUAGCCAAAAAAGAGUUGAGUUAUGUACCUGUUAUUGGGUGGAUGUGGUACUUCCUGGAGAUAGUUUUCUGCAAGAGGAAGUGGGAGGAGGACCGAAGGACAGUGGCUCAGAGUCUUCAGAACCUGCGGGACUACCCGGAAAACUACUGGUUCUUGCUUUACUGUGAGGGUACACGCUUGACACCAAAGAAGCACCAGAUCAGCAUGCAGGUGGCUGAGAGCAAAGGUUUACCCAAACUCAAGUAUCAUCUUCUGCCCAGGACCAAAGGAUUCUGGGUAACUGUCCAAAACCUCAGAGGAGCUGCUGCAGCUGUUUAUGAUUCCACACUGAACUUCAGAAACAAUGAAAUGCCAACUCUGCUUGGAAUUCUAAAUGGGAAGAAAUAUCACGCGGACUUAUACGUGAGGAGAAUCCCUCUAGAGUUGAUCCCAGAAGAUGAGGCAGAGUGUGCUGCUUGGCUCCACAAACUCUACCAGGAAAAGGAUAGCUUUCAGGAGCACUACACACAGACAGGCCGUUUCCCUGGCCCCAUAGUGAGCCCUCCACGCCGACCCUGGGCCUUGAUCAACUGGCUGUUCUGGUGCUGCUUGCUCCUCUACCCACUAGGCCUGCUACUCGCUCAGCUCAUCAGCUCUGGAUCAAUGCAGACCAUCUUAGCUUCCGUGGCUUUCUGCUCCACAGUUUCACUGGGAUUUCGCUGGAUGAUUGGCCAGACUGAGAUUGACAGAGGCUCAAGCUAUGGGAAUAACUAAACAACAACUAACCUGAACAAACUCAGGGCUGUUUCUUUGCACAGCUACUAAUUUGCAAGCUUGCCCGGCAGAAGAAUGUGUAAACACCAGUCCGACAUGAUCUGCUGGUCUAACAAGUACAAACCUGCUUUAAAGCAUAAUGUUGAUAGUGUAGUGCCAUCUUAACGGUUGGCUGCAGAAGCUCGAGAUGUUUAGAUCAUGAAACUGGAACUGUAGUGGUCAGCUUGCUUUGGGAAACAUGCAAUAAGAAACUGAGGCAAGAUUAAAUAUGGCUUUACUGCAUUCCCCUCAAAGGAGAGUGUAAAUAUUUGAAUAUAGUCAAGACAAACAUUUUCACUGGUAACUUGAAGUGAAAUUCAACCAUGUGAACAAUGGACUACCUCUUUGAUUGUAAUGCAAAGCAUUUUCAUGGCGGAAGGAAAUAAACAUUUCACUUUUUUUAAA